GAUCUCCAGGCGCGCGCACUCGAUCGCCGGCGCGGUCGGUGUUUGGGGUCAUGUUGCGAGUGAUAGUGAGACGAUUGCCUGCUUACCAGUUUGUUCGUCAUUUAGAAAUAAAGCAUGAAUCGGCAGUUAUUAACUGUCUUUCGAGGACGGCUCGACUUUCUUCAUGUCAAGAACCCAGUGUGACCACUGUGUGCCCGCUGAAGCCACACACACGACCACAGUCAGCAGUCCCCUGCAGGAGCACCGUGACACACAGGGUAUUUGGUGCAGGACUGGAGGGAAGAAGGUUAAACAGGAGGAUUCACACAACAUGUGUACUGAGUGCAGAACAACAGGAGAGUCCAUCAAGUGAGCUGUCUGAGGCCUUGUAUGAGAAGCUGGCAGAUGAAACCCUGGAUGCACUGGCUGAGUACUUUGAGGAUCUCACAGAUGAGCCUUUCACAUUGGCCGAGUAUGAUGUUGUCUUUUCUAGUGGGGUGCUCACAGUGAAAGUGGGCAGUGAUCAUGGAACAUAUGUCAUCAACAAGCAGACACCCAACAGACAGAUCUGGCUCUCCUCUCCCACAAGCGGACCGAAGCGCUACGACUGGGACGGUGUGCACUGGGUGUACUCGCACGAUGGGGUCUGCCUGCAUGAUCUGCUGUCCAAGGAGUUCUCUGCCAUCUUCAAACACAACGUGAACCUUUCAUGUCUGAUCCAUUCCUGAACAGAGAGGGGACAACACAGGACCUAUUUUGGUUUAUUUGCCUCCUUCUUAAAACUUUGUUUUCUUGUGUAGCCAUAGCCUACAUAUGUUGCAGAGCAUAUACAAUCAGUCCAAGAUCUGAGCCAGCUGUUACUGUUUUAAACAAGAAAAAAUUAAUAUAUUAUCUAGUUCAUCACCUUCAGUGUGAAUAAUAUUAUAUAGCAUAUUUUUUUUUAACAAAAAUGCUGAAGUAAACUAAAAAAAAAUCCUUUUUCAUGUCCCUAUUAUGGCAUCACAUUUAAUGUUUGCACACAACAAUAACUCAGCAUGACUUUACAAAGAUUUACAGCUUGUUUCAUUAUGCAACAGUAACUUUUCAACACGUUUCAAGUCCAGUGGUGUUUUUCAAUUCAUUCCAGCACAGCUUGUUCCGUCACAGGAAAGAAAGGGAUUAUUUUGUGCAGAUGGACAAAGGUCCUUUAUUUUAAGCUCAUGUCAGAUCAUUCUUGCUUCAUUGUUAACUCUGGAUUUUCCAACAGUUAUCAUGUAAUAGCUAAAAAAAAAAAAAAAAAAAGUGGUUUGUGGAUUUAUUGCAUAAUUUAAGAUUUUUUAAAGUAAUCUCAAAUGAGAUGUUGCUAUUGAUUUCAUGUAUAUCUUGAUGCGAUCCUGUAUAGAAUUAUAAGAAAAAUAACCCCAUUCAGUCCAAAAUUCACCUGUAACGUGUAAAUAUGAACACCAAAUAAAAACU